UCAAUGCAUCACUCUAGCUCCAUGACACAAAGAAGGAAGAAGUACAAUAUAUCAACUCGGCUAAAAUCUGGGUGAAAAUGGGGUUCUAGUUGUUUGAACCAGCUGCACACACCACGUGUGCCAACUCAACGAUAUAUAUCAUGGAGGCCAACAUGGCGCUUUUAACUAUUCCUUUCGUCGCAUCGUCGACAGAAGACCAAUCAUCGAAAUCCAACAAUCGUGACACCAUCUUUGAGGCAGAAGCCACAAUAUUUAGUUUGUUAUUUAAGCACUGCAGCAACGUGAUCAACAGCUAUGGCCGAUACACAGAGCUGCUGGCAGUGGAAGGUGGAGCCCGUUUCCCCUUCGGGCUUCCCCGACCUCGAUUCUGAGGUGGCACAUGCAUGGGGACUAUUUGAUGAAGAUGUGCAACAACAGAAUAAACCAAAUGACAUCACAACACACAAGCAGGAGAGACUGGAUCAGCCAACAAGAGCUGAAUUAGCAUCAAAAUUACUGCAAGACCUGGAUGAAUGGAUUAAGGAAGAGCCUUUCUCUGAUUGGCUGGAGGAGAAGAUCGACCUACCAAUAUUUGAAGAACUCCCAAGCUUUGAGUCUCGCAGCUAUGGCCACAGUCUCCGGGGUGGAGUGGAUGUUUCUUCUAAGUCUUUACCGACUGCAACAGUGCUUUCUUUUACAAGCAUUCCAUCUACGAUCCAUGCACCAGCAGAGGUUAAGACAGUACAAACACCACAGAUAGUGGUGCCUCAGGAUACCCAGUCUCUGCUUCGCGAGUUUGAGACAGUGUUCGAUGAAGUUGAGCUGACUCAUGGCACCCUCACACCACCCCAGAGUCCCCCAGUUCCCAUCUACACUAAUGUUAUUCCUGAAGAUCCUAAAGGAGGAGAAUUGAUAACACUCCAGCAAAUGGUUCCCAUUCAACCAUUUCAACCAAUUCCAUCAGCAUUGUCCACAUUGAAGAUGCCCCUUACUCCCUUGGUGCCUGUAAUACAUUGCACUGAACAGAAAGAAACACUCUUGUCCCUGGAGCAAAUAGCUCCUGAAACGCCAUCACCAGAUCUGGUUCAGGAACUAGCAGCAGUUGAUGAACUUGUACGCACCCGCGUUGAGGACCUUGUAGACAUCGGCAGCGGUCUGUGUAUACCAGAUCCAUGGGAAUCGUGCAGUAGUGGAAAUGUUUCCAGUUCGAGCCCGGGGGGCGAGUCAGAAGGAGAAACAUUGACGGAGGCACCCCCCAGUCCCUGUACCAGCAGCUCCAGUGGCAGCAGCUGUGACGUUGCAGAGGAGACGUGCGAUGAUCCUGAAUGGAUUCCAACAUCAGUCCAGCUGCCUGCGCCAGAUCGCUUAAAGAAUGGACGUAAACGGGGUGGUACCAAACCUUAUUCCCGCCCUGGAAUCGAAGAGAAACGUUUGCGCAAGAAGGAGCAAAACAAGAACGCUGCGACACGUUACAGGCAGAAGAAGAAAGCAGAGAUCGAAGAGAUUCUAAGCGAAGAGAAAGACCUGGAGGAUACGAAUGCCGAACUACAGCUUAAAGUCAGUGACUUGUCGAGGGAGAUUAAGUACCUGAAAGGGCUCAUGCGAGAUCUGUUGAAAGCUAAAGGGCUGAUAAAGUGAUGUGCUGAUCAACAUUGGGAAAUUGACACUUCAGUUUUGUAUAGCAAUCCAAUAGACUCAGUAGGAGAAGCUCUUUAGUAAAACAUUCAUCCAGAACUUUACUGGCUUGUAAGCGAAUUAACAUCAUCAUUUGGUCAUUAGUAAUUUAAUUAAUAGUGAAAGUACUUAAAUAUAACUAAGAACAUUAGUUUAUGCUUUGUGUCGUUUCUGUUUAUGUGUUGUAGAAAUUUAUUUGGAUAUACUGUCUACUCAUCUUUCAUAACAGUCUUCAUGGUGUCACAUCUGCUGCACUAGUUACACAGAGAUGUAGGUUAUUGCUCUGCAGUAGGACAUUACUUGACAUCUUAAUGACGCGCUCGUAAGGUGCAGAUGGUGUGAUGUCAGAUUGUAAUGCUGCAGAGACCCUACUCUAUGUGUUAAAUGGAUACCCCACAUGUAAUUGGCUGUAGCUCUUUCACUGCCUAAAUUAUUUCAUGGCUUAACAGGAAAUUGAGAGGCAGAAAGUAAUGAGAUUUUGAAAGUAUUUAUAAUUUUAAAACAUGAAUGUUUCACCAGUUUGAUUGACAAAUUUUUAAAUUCACCCAUUUACAACAUUACCCUCAGAAUAUUUGCUAUUAUAUUUGUUCUGCAUCAUUACAUAUAUGAUGCUCUUUUCAUUUCUAUUCUUUAUAUUUUUAAUACACAGAACAGUGUGUAGUACACGGUGUAUAUGUAUUAUGUUGAACAAUUAUAUAAUAAAUGGAGAACUAGGUUGGCGGAAGAUCUGUU